CUCGCAAGAAGCGCAUAUCUAACUUGAUUGAAAUAACAACCAAAUAACAUAAGCAAGCAUAGACUAUAUAAAAAGAAAAACCAAACCGCCAAUAUUUCCGCCAUCACAAGUUUAACAUCUCAUCCAAGACUCAUCCUCGUCCAACGGGUAAUCCGAGCCCGUUUUUCAUUAUCUUCAUUGUGCAGAUAUCACCAUCAUCUGAAUCCAACUUGCCAUUACCAGCGACUGUGGGGGAAGGCGCCCACCUUAUCCAAACCGGGUUACCUACAGCACUAUCAUCAGCAACGCAGAGAAAUGAGGAUCGCUACGUUGCAAUUCGCCCCGAGACUGGGCAAGGUUGAGAGGAAUAUUGAGCGAGCGAAUGAGCUGCUCAAGAGUGGGAGGGUGAUUGAGAGGGAGAGUGAUGAUGGUGGAAGUGCAAAGGUGAGGACUGGAGUUGAGGGGUUGGGUGUGGAGGUUUUGGUAUUGUCUGAGAUGGCUUUGACGGGCUACAAUUUCCCUUCUUUGGAAGCGAUAAGACCAUACCUUGAACCGGCUGGAGAAGGAGUAUCAGCCAAAUGGGCGAGAGAAACUGCCCAACGGCUGAAAUGUAAAGUGUGCGUGGGAUACCCGGAAAUCGAAAAGACGCAGUCAGAGAAGGAAGAAGAAGAAGAAAAAUGCUACAACUCUCUUCUCAUGGUUGAUGAACAAGGCGAAGUGAUUGUGAACUACCGCAAGAGUUUCCUGUAUUACACGGACGAAACAUGGGCAGCGGAAGGGAAUGUGGAGAGGGGGUAUCACGAACUGAGCAUGAAAGACGACAAGAAAGUCGCGACCUCGUUUGGAAUCUGCAUGGAUAUCAAUCCGUAUAAAUUCGAAGCGCCGUUUACGGCGUGGGAAUUCGCGAACCGGAUUCUUGACUCCAAGUCGCAGCUUGUCAUUGUCUCCAUGGCGUGGUUGACGACGAUGGAUCGGGAAGAAUUGGACGACCUCGCAGGCAAGCCGGAUAUGGAUACGUUUAAUUACUGGAUUCAGCGGCUUGUGCCUCUGAUUCGACAGAGGAUGAAGCAUGGUGGUGAUGGGGAUGGGCCGGGAUCGGAGAAGAAGAUCGUCAUUGUUUUUGCGAAUCGGUCUGGUGAGGAGGAAGGGGCGGAUGGGAAGCCUCCGGUGCGAUAUGCGGGGACGAGUACUAUUAUUGCUGUGACGCAGCGGCCGCUUGGGUCUGUGAAUAAGGACGUGGUGGAUGAGGAUGAGGAUGUGCCGUUUGACGUGAAGAUUCUCUGUUGGGAUCUCAAGGGGGCGACAGAAGAGGGGAUUUGCUUUGCGGAUACCACGGCGGAUCCUGAGAUGGUGUUUCGCCUGGCCAAAGCUUCAGGAUAAGAGCACGGAGCAUAGACCUUGGUGGAUGACUAGAUAAUUCCAUCCGAUAUGAGGGAUAUCAGGUUGUUGAUGUUAUACCCAUCGAUGAGUACGGAGUAGAUCCGAUUCAACAGAACAGUUGCAUGGUGAUCUAUCAUUUUGUUGCAUCGCACUAUUCGUACUUCGUACUGUACUGUUUCCAGAUUUAUUCAGAUAUCGCCACUCCCAGCAGUCGAUCAGCUGGCCAUCAUUUGGAUAAUUGUCAUGAUGCC